AGAACAACUCAGAAACCUCCAACUCCCAGGCUGAAGCUCACUCUCUCACCCUCCACCAUGAAGGUCUCCGCAGUCCUUCUGUGCCUGAUGCUCACAGUGGCCGCCUUCAGCAGCCUCGUGCUUGCUCAGCCAGAUGCAGUGAAUUCCCCAGUCACCUGCUGCUACACACUCACCAGCAAGAAGAUCCCCUUGAAGAGGCUGAUGAGCUAUAGGGAAGUCACCAGCAGCAAGUGUCCCAAGGAAGCCGUGAUUUUCACAACCGUACUGAACAAAGAGAUCUGCGCUGACCCCAUGCAGAAGUGGGUCCAGGAAUACCUUGCCACGAUGAACCAGAAAACUGGUCUGGACCAGAACCCAGCUGCUCUAGGAACUGCAACUCCUGCGAACACUAACUUCACCACCCAAGAACCUGCAGCCAGUUCAUCUACCACAAGCUUUCUCUCCAAAAACUCUAAAACUAGUAUAUGAACUUUAUUGAUAAGAAACACGAUGCCUUCAAAAAUGUUAAUCUUAUUUAAGUUAUUGAUGUUUUAAUUUUAUUUUCUAUGAAUAAUGGUAUUUUUUAGAUUCAGAAACUUGGACAUAUGGCUAUCCUUUUGUGAACCCCCAAUUCCUCCCUGGUAUGUUGUGUGAAGUUCUUGACAAAGAUCAUGACUGUGUUUGAAAUCCCAAGACCUUGCAAAGAUAUUAUUGUGGAAAUUAUUAUAAUAUAACUAUGGAAUAAAAUGUAUAUUUUUGUAUAAAA